AUCUCUAAAUUUGCCAUGCAUUACAUCAUAGAAGAAAUAGACGAAGAUACGUCCAUGGAAGAUUUGCAGAAAAUGAUGAUAGUAGCUCUCAUCUACAGAUUAUUAGUCUGCUUCUAUGAGAUAAUCUGUAUUUGGGGAGCAGGUGGAGCAACCCCGGGGAAAUUCUUGCUUGGGCUGCGAGUCGUGACAUGCGAUACAUCUGUGCUUAUUGCGCCCAGCCGUGUGUUAGUCAUUCCAUCUUCUAAUGUCAGUAUGACAACGUCCACAAUACGAGCUUUGAUCAAGAAUUUUUCUAUUGCUUCGUUUUUUCCUGCAUUCAUUACACUGCUGUUUUUCCAGCAUAACAGAACCGCCUACGAUAUCGUAGCAGGCACUAUUGUGGUAAGAAGAAAUGGAGUCAGAUGAUACCAAGUGGUGAGAUUUCCAGACUGGUUUUGAGCAUCCCCUCCCACCCCCAGUGAACAAAGACCUACCCCAAAACUGAAAUUGAGGUGUCUGUCGGAAUCUUUUGCCCCAGUUAAACGGGAACUGAUUCAGAAGCUGAAGAAAAUGUUUUGCUCCGUUAUGAUGCCAGCAGCUACCUUCAAAGUAUUGGAGUUUCCAUAAAUGCCAAAGAAAUUUGGGAGAAAGGAGACCUGCUAAAUCUGGGCGUGUCAGCCUCCGACUGACGAGAAGCGGCUGUGUUCCCUGCAGAAAGGAGCUGUGCUGAUCGCCAGUCUGU